CAGAUCGCCAAAGUGAAAGGUGCGCAGGACCACACAGCUUCAGCGCUCGACAUGGAGACGCCAUCGAAACUCGCGUUAACCAUCGUAGUGAUCUCCGUGCUGGUCGCUUGCAGUCCUACGGAAGCUUGGUACAAGCAGAUGGCCGGACCGAGCUACUACUCGGUGGGCAGAGCGUCCGGCUUGCUGUCCGGGAUCCGGAGGUCACCGUACGUGAGGAGAGAGGAGCCGGAGCCGUCGGACAGCGGAGAGGCUGAAAGCAACAGCGUCUUCUCUGAUUUCACUCCGCACAGUUCCAUCCUGAAGACCCUGCCUGUUUGUGUCAAAGAUAUUACACCAGACCUGCAGAGCUGUGAACUCAUCCGGGAAAUCAAGGGUUCAUUUAAGUGCAAAGCCGACGUCUUCCUCUCUCUGGACUCCUCAGACUGUGCGGGAGACUGAGCUGUGGAGGCGACAGUUGGACCAUGAAGCCUACUUCUUGAAGGAGUGACAAUUUAAGAAGAAGAAAGAAAAAAAAACUGUACUUGUAUCUUAACACAGGGGUUGCUCUAAAUGGAAGACGCUACUUUUUCCAUGUACCAUUUCCUUUAAAGUAUUGAUUUUAAGAUAGAACUGUCAUAAAACUUUACGUGGUAAAAGUAAUGUAUGAAUGUACAUAUAUGAUCUGAGUUUUCAUUAAUAAAUCACAUUGCAUUGUUGAAACUGCUUCAUGAAAA